UUCAGAGUUGAUUCGCAGUGCGCUCGCGAGUCCGGUUUGCUUCGGCGGCAUGUCCAAAUCAGAAGGAAUUUGAUACAGUUCUAAUCAACUGGAAAAUGGAAAUAUUGUUAAUGCUGUCUGCGGAGUAAACCAUUACUCUCUCACAAGUUUACUCUCUCGGGUCACAGAAACGGACCCUAAAAUAAUGCGUUGUGAGUCAUAAAUUAAAAUAGACGUAACCCUUCGUUCUAAAUCGGAUCCAUUGGGAGACAAUACUGAAGAAACAAGACAUUGGUCCCAGCGGAGAACACGGUGCGACGAAAGGAGAACUUAUUUAAAUUUCUUCUGGUUGUUCCACUGUGCUGUGUUUCCCUAGUCCCUGUCUGUAUCUUGACAAAAGGAGACGUUCAUGAAUCCAAUUCUGACUCACCAGUGAGCUGAAGGUGUUGAAGUCUCUCUACUGCUAAUGAUGUCUUCCAAGCAAGCCACAUCUCCGUUUCCCCCAGCGACGGAGGAAGAGGAAGCGAUGGGUCUGGACGAUGUGGGCUGGGCCAAUGAGGACAGAGAAAGCCAGGACCAGCCGGCCUCACCCACUCUGCACAGCAAACCCCUCCCAGAGGAGCACCAGCCAAUCAGAGACAGCCAGCCUGAGUUGGCGUGGAAGAGUAUAGGCUCUACUCAGACGGACAAUGGUAGCAGCAAGGGCUGUUCCUUGUACUCCUACCGGAAUAACUCUACCUCUCCACCAAAGCCCGAGGAGUGUUCUCGGGAGCGGGGCGAGCAGCUAGGCGGAUCGACGUUCGGAACACUGGAGCGCCGCAAAGGAAGCCUGGCCGACGUGGUGGACACACUGAAACAAAAGAAACUGGUGGAGCUGACAAAGACCGAGCAGGACGAGACGACCUGUAUGGAGAGACUUCUGUCUAAAGACUGGAAAGACAGGAUGGAAAGACUGAAUGCCAGCAAACUCCUAGGAGAGGUCAAAGGUACCCCAGAGAGUUUGGAGGAGAAGGAGCGGCAGCUGUCCACCAUGAUCGGCCAGCUUAUCAGCCUGCGGGAGCAGCUCCUGGCGGCCCACGACGAGCAGAAGAAGAUGGCUGCGUCACAGAUGGAGAAACAGAGGCAGCAAAUGGAGCUGGCCCGCCAGCAGCAGGACCAGAUUGCGAGGCAACAGCAGCAGCUCAUGCAGCAGCAGCACAAGAUCAACGUUCUCCAGCAGCAGAUACAGGUGCAGGGUCACAUGCCUCCUCUGAUGAUCCCAGUGUUUCCUCAUGACCAGCGAUCUCUGGCCGCUGCCGCCGCUGCUGCACAGCAGGGCUUCCUCUUCCCACACAACAUGUCCUACAAACCAGGUGAUAACUACCCCAUGCAGUUCAUUCCAUCCACAAUGGCAGCUGCAGCCGCGUCAGGACUGAGCCCGCUACAACUACAGCAGCUGUACGCCGCCCAGCUGGCCAGCAUGCAGAUCUCACCUGGAGCCAAAAUGGCCUCACUGCCACAGCCUCCCAACUCCUCAGACCCCCUAUCGCCCCCCGGCUUGAAGAGUGAGAAGAGAGUGUUGAGUCCUGUCACUCAUGUUAAGGAGGAAGGGUCGACGCAGCCCCUGAACCUCUCAGCCCGAUCCAAGACUGGCGACCGCUCCCCGUCCUCGCCCUCACACACCCUGUUCCCCAGCAACAAGACCAGCCCCAUCACCAUGGGGAAGGGGCGCAUCCCCAGCCCUCUCUCCAACAUGGGCAGAGGCUCACUGGGUGGGUGCAGUGAACACACACACAUGCCUGCACACACACUCACAGACAUCCUAUCCAGCCUGAACUCCACAGCGUUGUUUGGGGACCAGGACGCGGUGAUGAAGGCCAUCCAGGAGGCGAGGAAGAUGAGGGAGCAGAUCCAGAGAGAACAGCUUCAUCAUCAGCAGCAGCAGAGCCUGGAGGCCAAGCUCACAGCCCUGAGCGGCAUGAGCCUCAGCAAUGGCAACAAGGAGCGGAUGCACUUUGAGAGUUUGAGUCAGCACCUGGGCAACCUGGGAGAGGAUGGAAAGAUGGGCCACAGGGUCAUUGACCUCACCAGACCUGAGGAUCUUCAUGGUGGUGCCAGCACUACGGAAGCACGGGUCUUCAGGGAGGCUAGGGGCAGGAACAGUGCCGAGCCCCACAUCAAGAGGCCCAUGAAUGCCUUCAUGGUGUGGGCCAAGGAUGAGAGGAGGAAGAUCCUGCAGACCUUCCCCGACAUGCAUAACUCCAACAUCAGCAAGAUCCUGGGCUCUCGCUGGAAGUCCAUGAGCAACCAGGAGAAGCAGCCAUACUAUGAGGAACAGGCCCGUCUCAGUAAGAACCAUCUGGAGAAGUACCCCAACUACAAGUACAAGCCCCGGCCCAAGAGGACCUGCAUCAUCGACGGGAAGAAGCUGCGCAUCGGGGAGUACAAGCAGAUGAUGCGCUCGCGGCGACAGGAGAUGAGGCAGUUCUUCAGUGUGGGGCCACAGCCUCAGAUCCCCAUCAGCAACAGCGCUGGAGGCCUCUACCCGGGCGCCAUCACCAUGGCGACAGCCACGCCUUCACCACACCUAACAUCAGACUGCUCCAGCGCGUCGGCCAGCCCCGAGCCCGCAAUCCCUGUCAUCCAGAGCACAUUCGGCGUAGUCAAGCCAGAGCCGGUUGCCAUGGUGACCGGUGACCACCCGGUCAACGGGGAGGACGAGAUAGACAUGUACGAAGACUUUGAGGACAAAUCGGACUACAGCAGCGACCACGAGACACGGGAGCCUGUCAGUGCCAACUGAACCUGCUCAGAAGAACUUCUGAACUUUUUGAAAAAAAAUUAAGCAGGACAAUAUGACAGAGACUGAGUUUGGCUCAGAACAACUUUUCAACAGUACAAGGGGGGCGGAACAGUUUGUCCGGGAUUUGAUGCACCACGGACUGAGCAUGCUCAGAUUUACUCUGGACAGGACGUGACAUACACUGAGAAUUCUCUGAUUGCCUCUGGACAGGAUGUGGCAUUCUCUGAUUGACUCUGGACAGGAUGUGACAUACACUGAGCAUUCUCUGAUUGACUCUGAACAGGACGUGACAUACACUGAGCAUUCUCUGAUUGAAUCUGGACAGGAUGUGACAUACACUGAGCAUUCUCUGAUUGACUCUGGACAGGAUGUGACAUACACUGAGCAUUCUCCUGAUUGACUCUGGACAGGUCGUGACAUACACUGAGCAUUUGAAGAUCUCACAGACCGCCCAUGUUUCUCAAACUACCAUUUUGGACAAGAACACUUUUUCUGAACAAUCCCGUACCAAGUGAUUGGGCUGAGACAACCUCCAGACAGAUAGACAGUGAACAAGACAAUCCAACACAGACAAGAGCUAGUAAGAGUCAGGGCGAUGAGAAGAGAAUGUUCGAACAAAGAGAUAACUGACACAUUUCUGCUGCGUGUGGUUUUUUACAGGAGAGUCCAUGGACUUGACUGAGACAUCAGAAAUUAGUCUUCAACAUCUAUCGGUGUUAAAUGUUUAUUUUAAGUGUGAUUACGUUCUUAUGAUAUGUUUCCUUUGAUUGUGGGUUUCUGGAUUUCCAUGGACACUUUCCUGACAGGUUACUUACUGCCUGUAAAACCUUGGACUGUCAGGACUUUAACAUUUGAAAGUGAAUAUAAAUCCUUAGCUUUCAUCGUACCUUAUUAUUUCUUAUGAGUACAGUACAUCUACACCUUUCUCCACAAAUGCUUACAAUAUGUUACAUUACUGUUCAUGAUGGGGUUUAUAUCCUUGCUCAGGUAUGCUGUGCCAGCUUGUGAAUGUGUUUUGAUUUCAUACGAGUGAGUGGUAGACAUUUUCAGACUGACAAUGAAACAGAGGAGAAAAUACCUAUUAUUAUAAUUAUUAUUUUCUGAGAUAUUGUACAGUUUUUCUUCAAAUGUGCCAAACCUACAUUCACAUCACUCAGAAAUAUUCUAGUCUUAAUGCUGAUGCUGCAAUAAGUCUUAUACAGUCAGUUUUUAUUGCUGAGGUGUCCCUAUUAGGAGAAAGCUGCCGCUUUAGCUAACAUCUGCAUUGCGGAUGUUUUGGUGGUGUCGGAGGUAGAACUGCGUUAGCGCUGUCAAAUCCACAAGAAGGUCUUGGCAUUAUACCUAAAGCAGACAUUGCCAUUGGCUGCACGGAGUCGCAUUAAGAAAAAUCCCAUGCAGCUUUGUUUACAAGUUGGAACACUGGAAUGUGAGAUGUAAUUUACACCUCAAUUAGGCUGAUAGAAAUCCACAUCUUUUCACUGAAUGAUUUUCAGUUUGAGCACCAUUAUUUCUACACUAUAUAGCCUGCACUUUCUCGUUCUGAACUUCUAACGCGAGUGGGAUGGGUGUGACUUCGUGACAAUGAUCAAGAGCAGCUGCACACUGAUUUGACAGCUCCAACACCAACAAAACAUCACACAUGCGGGUGUUGCCUAUCGCUGGUUAACACUUAACCUGAUUUGAAUCUAGCCUAAUUUUGUAUUGGCUGUUUAGAGAAAACCAAAAAACAAUGGGUUACAGUUCCUCCUGGCCCAUAGAAUAUUUUCAGGGUGAGGAAUAAUCUAACAUUGAGUUGUACAAUCCUGAACUUCCCCUUUAAUUCAUCCAUAAUGCAAAGGGGCCAAAAACGAUCAAAUUCGUUAUUUUGGUCAACUGUUACAGUACACUGACGUUCAGCUGGAGUGGCUUUUAGGUUUGAAAUCUCUUUUGUUUGACUAUAGAGGUUGUGAAUAAAACAUGUUGUAUAGACUCUGCAAAUGUUGAUAAAGACACAGGACAUCAUAAUAGGCACAAUAAGUCUUAAAGUUGAACUCUUCUAGUUCUAUUUGUCAUACAGGAAAAUGCAGAGGAGCGGUCCCGACAGUCAUCUAUAUGGUAGGGCCACCAUAUAUUUAGUUUUUUUUUAAUGUAGGUUUUAUUUACUCUAUUGUACCUAGAUUCAGAAGAUCAGAUUUGUUUAUGUGAAUUGAUCAGUAUACAAUUAUGUAGCCAGAGAUGGUUUUCAAAAUUGGUACAUUGGCAAAGAAAACAAAAACAUCAAUAUUGGUCAAUAUUAGCUCUAGCAUUUCAAAAAAGUAGUGCAAGAAUAUUUUGAAAUAGAUAUUUCAGGUAAAUUAAAAUAUACCCAUAAGUCCUGUUUUCACAUGCCCAUCUCUACUUUGAAAAUAUGUAUACUUUUACAACCUCUAUUUUAGGCGGGUUUAGGUUACUCUGUUUUCUGGUUGAUUUGUAUGUGAUUUGUGUCUCUUUACGACCAUGUCGAAUUAUAUUUUGUAGGUUGGUAGAAAAUAACAUUUUUGUUACGACUGAAGUUUGAUUUUGCUUGCAAUACAGAGAAAAGGAGAGCUGUACUGUUCACCUCAUGCAAAGACAUUGUUUCAAGUUUUAUAAGCAUCACAGGCACUGGAUAUGAGUGGUAUUUUUUCAGUACUGUCUAAUGUGAAGUUGUCGUUAGAAAACAACAAUGACAAAAUUCUGACAAACAAAACAUCACCUGUGUGGACGCCAGAUUUGAGUACAUUUCCAGUUUAGUAACAUUUGUAUUAUUUAUGCAGAAAUAGUUGUUUUAGCUUCAGUGCUGCCUGAAGUGCUCUGACCUUUGACACAAAUUCAAAGGUCACUCAGACCACCGGUCAGUUUCAACCUACAGAAGCAGACGUCAUUUUUCCUGGCCCCACACAUUUUGUGUCAAGUAUUGUAUUUGAAAUUCAAUUGUGCAUUUUAACAUUUCAUUGUAUUUAUUAGCCGGUGUUGGCUCUAAAAGUGUCAGUACAACUUGGUGAGACAGACAAUCAGAAAAAAAUAAAGACUGAGAUUUCCUUACAAAUUCA